UGAUAGUCUACAGUCUUCAGUACAGAACCGUUGGCCACAUUAUCACCGAAUGCCAUGAUGUUAAGACAUAUUGUUCUUGGGGUUCUCUUGUCCUCUCGUGCAUUUGGUCUCAUCGCACCUCUGACAAAUCCCGGUGGGGAGACAGAUAUUGCUAACUUAGUGAGCCAUGUGACCCUGCUGGAACAGUUGGUACAGAAACUUCAGGCAGACCAGGCAUCAACAACAACACAGAUGGUGGCCACACAGUCUCAACUGAAGGGAGCAACUGCUGAACUGAACGCCGUCAAAACAGAGCUCCACGCAGCACAAGCAGAACUGAGCGUAGUCAAGUUUCAACUGAGUAAACUGCCUACGUCCAUCGAGCUGAAUGACCUUGUGACUAAACUCCACAGCACUGCCAGUGCCUUAAAUGUCACGAAUCAAGACCUUGCUUCUGUCAAACAAACAGUUUCCAGCAUAGCACAGAACAAUGAAGUCGCUGCAUACGAAGUUCGACUGUCUGCCCACAUUAGACCUGCAUUAAACACAGUCAUCAAGUUCGACGAUGUUCAGUACAACCACGGGGGUGGCUUCAACGCGACGACAGGCGUCUUCACUGCUCCCCUCGCCGGGACAUACAUACUGUGGGCCAACAUGAUAGCAUAUGACUUCUCCGACUAUCUGGGCAUCUCGCUGUACAAGGGGGUGGAAAGGAUCGCCCGAGCAUGGGGCGAGAACCCCUCAUCAGAGAAGAAUGAAGAUGACACCUUGAUCCUGACGGUGGUGUAUCUGGAUGUGGGGGACCAGACAUGGUACAUUAGAGACGCGGGAACGGCACGGAUCGAGGGAGACUACUCCAGCUACGGCGGGGCACUUCUACAGGCCCACAGCUAGAAUCUCUUAAUCAUUUUUUAAGGGGAAAAUGUCUGUAUGGUUAACUGCACAAGCCUAACAAGUUCUUUGAGACUGUAAAACGUUGCAAUGUGUCCACUGAUAUUUCAAAUACAAACCGAUAUACAGUGAAAA